AACAUCAUUACAUUCAUAUUAUACACACGGUGUGUGUAAGGGGUGCUGAUAGCGCGCGUAUAUAUAUAUAUAUAUUAUUAUAUAUAUACACACCACUUCACCGGAAGCGGAUUUCAUGGUAUAACUACUACAGAUAGAAGGAUAACAUUUUAAAACAACAGAAAAAUAUUUUAAAAUAUUAAAUAACCCGAUAUCUAUCUAUAUUUAAUAGAUAGAUAUAAUUCCUAUUAAAAAAAAAAUUAAAACUAUGCUUACUUCUGGAUCGCCCUCACCUGUCCGGAUUUGUAAUGGUGUUGCUACGGGUGUGGCGGGGAAUAAUUCCCCUGCCAGACAAAUGCGCACAGGAGGAUACCAUUCUCAAUUCUGGACUGUUCACAGCCGAUCAAAUCCUCAAAACUUACGGAUAGAAAAUCCUUACCAAAAACGGCAGCAGUUCGCCAAAGAUUAUUCCAACAAUCACAUCUUGCCAUUAACGCCAGGAACGACCCAAAAAGUGUCCCAGGCUCUCUUCGCUAGUUUUAAAAGUUUUGAGAAAGAACAACAACGAUUAAAUAUUCCACGUGAUCCUGUACAGUGGAACAAAAUCAAUGUGAUGCAAUGGUUGGAAUGGGUCAGACAAGAAUAUGCUCUCAAUGGCAUUCGCACCGAUCGUUUCAACAUGACCGGUAAAGAAAUGUGUCAGCUUGGUAAAGAUGCUUUUCUGGAAAGAGCGCCCCCUUACGUGGGUGAUAUACUUUGGGAACACUUGGAAGUUAUGAAAAGGGAAGCAAGCCAGGAAAGAGCCUUUCUCUGCAAUGUGCCUCCAAACUUUAGUGAGCCUGUGUGCAUGCCAGAUAUCAGCGACAACUAUCUCCAACAGAAUAACUAUCACAGUGACCUCUCCAUGCCUCAUCAAUUACAUAUGGCUAAUAACAACAAUGGCAACGGCCAACCCUAUAUACCAGAAGGAACCUACCAGAUGUCCGAUUCUAUUCAGACAAUGGCAGAAAUGAAUGGUGAGGCUGUGAUUCCAGUGAACCAUUUGUAUGAAGAUAAUUCUGAUUACCACAACCUGGAGAACAUGCAGCAGCAACACGCCAACUUCUACGACCAUCCUGAGUUCUACCCAAUUCUUCAGGAAAACAAGUACCGACCAAUUCCAACGAAAAAUAUCUCACGAGCUCAGUAUAUCCACGAGGUAACAGGUGACAACUAUUACGACCACCAACCAUACCAGACGGUACCAAGUAUCAAGUCAGAAUGUGCCUGGUCCACUCAGGAAUACGGUCAAGACAUUAGCGCCCAAGAAAGUUGGUCAAUGAAUAAUGAGAUGCGUACUAAUCUACAUUCUGCGAGUUUCCGAAGUCUACAGACAUCUCCGAGUGAUAACACCAACACGGGUUCCGAUGGAAAACCAGUUAUCCAGGCAGCCGCUUUAGCUGGCUACUCAGGGAGUGGCCCAAUCCAGCUUUGGCAGUUCCUUCUUGAAUUGCUCACAGAUAAAUCUUGCCAGCAUUUUAUUAGUUGGACUGGUGAUGGCUGGGAAUUCAAAUUGUCUGACCCGGAUGAGGUAGCACGAAGAUGGGGUGUCCGCAAAAAUAAACCCAAAAUGAACUAUGAAAAACUUAGCCGUGGUCUGCGGUAUUAUUACGAUAAGAACAUUAUCCACAAGACGGCAGGCAAGCGCUAUGUUUACCGUUUUGUCUGUGACCUUCAAGGAUUGCUUGGUUAUUCCCCGGAGGAGCUUUUUGAAGCUUGCGAUAUCAAACCACAGAAGGACAAAGAUGACGAGUAAAAAGCAUCGGUUAGGAUUACAAAUGUUGCGAUUGUGAAGAAUUUAACAAAAAAAAAAAAUUAUAAGUAAAAAAAAAAAGAGAGAAAAGACUACAUUUUUGGAAAAUUCUUUGGAAGGAUUCUGUGAGGAAAGAAUUUUGAUUGGAAGGAUUGAUGCUCAGUUUUUUUAUUUCAUUUAAAAAAAAAAAAUUUCCUUUAUUUCUUUAAAUCUUUUGAGCAUAUGGAACAAAGAUAAAAAAUUGACCAUGUUCUGUUGGUUUACAUGAAGGCUUAAUGGAGGUUGAGGAGAAAUGCAUAUAUGCCAAAACGGUACAAUAGAAUAUGUACGUGUGUGUGUGUGUAUGUAUGUUAAGAAAUGUGUGUGUGUGUGUACUGCAGGGGUGACAUGUUAAAAAAAAAGCCAUAUCUGGUUGCUUAGAAAAAAGGUCUCAAAGAUAAGUUGGGAGUCAAUAAGAUAUCCAAUACCGAGCAUUAGCCUGACAAAAUGUGUUUUGUUAGGCUAACGUUUACGGAUUAAAUAUUACACAUACACACACAUAUAUAUAUAUACACAUGUGUGCUCUCAUUCUUCAAUCAGGUGAUUGCAAUGUCCACAAUAUAUACACACAUAUUUGCACACAUGUAUCUAUACAUAUACACACACUUAUUACAUAUUGGUAUAUUUGUGCAUUGGCAUAUAAAGCAUCUACGGUUGCUGUAGCAUGGCCUGUCCCAUUUGUUAAUCGGCCAGCUUACAGAUAUUUCCCUCCUUUUCUCAUUACUGCCAUUCUUUGAAAAAGAAGCCUUGGUUGUCACUUUGACGUAUCUUAACCAAUGCCUUUGUGCCUGAUGUCUUGUUGCCAUGGUGAUAAGGAGUCUAGAAACUAACUUAAAAAUUGCCCACAUCACUUUGUCUUUUUUUUUUCGUUUUUUUUUUUUACCCCUUCCCUCAAACUCUGAGAGUUGGUCCAAGUGAUUGGGACAAACUAAAAAUGUGCAAAAGAUUUUUUUUUUUAAAAAUGAAUUGACGAUUGGAUGGUGACAUUUUGUUGAUUUGUUUUUUUUUUAUUUUUCUAAAUUUUUGUAUUUUUUGUUUACUAAAGUUAAAAAAAAAAAUUUUUUGUAAAAAACAAAAAAGAGAGCAAUAUAAUGAAACUUGUGUGUGUAUGUUUCAUGCCCUGUGUAUGUGUGUGUGUAUAUAUGUGUAAAUAUACAUACAUCUGUAUAUGGGAACACAUUCAUGUAUACACGCACACACAUACACCUUUGUAAUUAUAUGUUUUAACGACUGGUUAUCUCUUAAACUUUAUUGGCGAUAUAAUUAGCCAGAUUGUUUAAGAUGUGUAUAUGUGUGUACUUACGUAUGUAUAUACGUACGCAUGUGUGUGUGUGUUGUGUAUGUGUGUGAGUGCAUAUGUAUCAAUUUUGGUUUAUACCUUAUGCACACCUGUACACCAUUCGUUAACUGUCUCACCUGAGAUAAAAUUAUACAUAUUGUAUAGUAGGGCAUCCCUCUCUCUCUGAACUUUUUUUAAUUAAAAUAAUUUCUAUAUUUUGUU